CAGAAAAUCCCCGCUGGGCUAGAGCAAUUACACAAACACAAUACUCGUUCACGUGCUGCACGCAAUUCGCAAUUCGUACCAGCGACGGUAUUGAUAAAUACGGAGAGGAUCGAAGCGCACUAGUCUACACACAUCAUGUCUUCGGCACCUUCUUCUAGUACGCCCUCGCGGAAAAAACCUGAACCCCUCGGGUGGGACUUCGAAGACGUAAAGUUCCGUGAAGACCCUAUCCCUGACACGUGGUGGUUUGUUCCUUGGAACAACACUGAACAAUGCGAGUCUAAAAAUGACUUUCCCGGCACUGUUAAACCCAAGAAGCUGCUCUAUUCCGAUGUAAACCCUGUUGAAGAGGAGUAUCGAGGCUCCGGUAUCGUAGUCGACGAGAUCGAAGGCAGAGUAGUCGGCUGCUACAAGGUUCGAGCCGAUACUGAAGACGGCGACGAUGCCAAAGCAGAGAUCGCCGAAGUUAAACACCAACAGUGGCUCGAGGAGCAGGGUCAAGCCUACAUCGAGGGGUUGCCUAAUAGGAAGCCCAAACAGAAAAUGCGCAGAAUGGGGAUGUUCCCAUCCGAUCCGAAAGCAGAGCCGCGCCCGGGUGAUAAGACGUGCGAUAGGAAGCCUUUGAACCUGCUGAACGACAUCCGUAAGCUGAAUGGUCUAAUUUUGGAUCCCCGUCCUGUGAGGAUAGCUCUUCAUCCCAAGGACAGAGAAGCGUUUCGUAUCCACGGUAGUAUGGCGGGCGCCGCAUUGCAGGAUUAUGGUGCUUAGUAUAAGCAAUCGGAAUAUAAGAUUCGGAGUGCUAUGAAGGACGCUUUCGACAAGCAACAGGAUCUUCCCGUAUAUCGGCUGAAGCAGAUCAAGGCGGCAGAGAAAGCCGGUCGUCCUGAGGUCGACUUUACGGAGGAGGAGAAUGUGAAACAGGUCAAAGUAAAAGUGAGAGAUGACAGUUCGCAUGAGGAGGGAGUCGAAGAGCCUGACGAUGGUACUAGUCAAAGUGAGCAAGAUGAAGACGUGGAUGAAGGGGACGAGGGCGAAGGAGAUAGGAGCUUAGCUUCUUCACCUCUCUCCCCGGCCCGUUCGCUAAGUAGUCUGGAAUCCUAAUUGCGCUUCCAUGUCGCGGUCUUUAUAGCAGAAAUGAGAUAAGAACGCUCGGGAUUAGACCGAUACCGCUGAUGGUGC